AUGAGUGUCUCUAUGCUGAGUCUCACCGGACCCCUGGGCAGUGUCUCUGGGCUCCUGCAAGUGGUCUCUCUGCUAGGCCUGGCUCUGCUAUUGCUCAAGGCAGCACAGCUCUACCUGCACAGUCAGUGGCUGCUCAAAGUGGUCCAGCGCUUCCCGCCCCCUCCUUCCCACUGGCUCUUUGGGCACAUCCAGGAGGACAAAUGGGAGGACUUCAUCAGACAGAACUCAUACGUGGAGAUCUUUGAGCAUGUCUCCUUAAUGAUCUUGAACACCAUUAUGAAGUGUGCCUUCAGCUACCAAGGCAGCCACCAAGCAGACAGCUGGAACCCAGGCUGGGAUACAAGCAGCAAGUGGGCCAAGGGAGGUGGCUGUGUCUGGGAACUUAGAGCUCUCAGCUCUGCCUGGGAACACUGUUCUGGGACAGACGGAGUGAUCAAGCUGAAGAAGGCUCAGCUGCAGGAGGAGGGAGAGCUGGAGAAGGUCAGGAGCAAGAGGCACUUGGACUUCCUGGACAUCCUCAGAUUUGCCAAAAUGGAGGACGGGAGCAGCAUGCCUGACAAGGACCUCUGUGCUGAAGUGGACACGUUCAUGUUUGAGGGCCAUGACACCACAGCCAGUGGCAUCUCCUGGAUCCUCUAUGCCCUGGCCACACACCCUGAGCAUCAACAGCAGUGCCGGGAAGAGGUCCAGAGCCUUCUGGGAGAUGAGCACACUGGUGAGUGGGACCACCUAGACCAGAUGCCCUACACCACCAUGUGCAUCAAGGAAGCACUGCAACUCUAUCCGCCAGUUCCAGGCAUUGGAAGAGAGCUCAGCAAGCCCAUCAGCUUCCCUGAUGGACGGUCCUUGCCCAAAGGAUUCUUACUCAUGCUCUCUUUUUAUUGCCUUCACCACAACCCAAAGGUGUGGCCAAACCCAGAGGUGUUUGACCCUUCACAGUAUGCACCAGGUUCUGCUCGACACAGUCAUGCUUUCCUGCCCUUCUCAGGAGGAUCAAGGUGA